AUGUUUAGGAAUUCUCGUUUUGACAAAUUAUUAGCAAAGUCCACCAGCGAGUUGCUGAUGGAGGCAGAUUGGGAAACGAACCUCACGAUAUGUGAUUUAGUGCGUGGCCAAGAAGUUACGCCGAAGGAUGCAAUCAAUAGUCUCAAAAAACGACUUAAUCCUGAAAAUCCACACGUUUUAAUGCUCGGUCUUUCAGUUCUCGAAGCACUCAUGAAAAACUGCGGUACACCCAUUCAUGAUGAGGUUUUGGGAACUGACUUCGUUACAUAUUUGCUUGAAUAUACACAUACAAACGAGGAGGUUCGCUCGCGUAUAUUCGGAUUUAUCCAGAACUGGGAAUUUGCAUUUAAGAAGAGUGAAAAUUAUCACUACCUUCAUGAGGCAUAUGACGAGAUCAAACGAUCCGGCUAUCCUUUACCACCGUUUCACGAGAGCGAGGCCAUGUUUUCUGCAGAAGUUGCCCCCAAUUGGAAGGAUGGGGAUGAGUGCUUCCGUUGUAAAUCUACCUUUACGACAUUCCGAAGAAAGCAUCACUGUCGGAAUUGUGGGAAUGUAUUCUGUGGAGAAUGCACCACUGGUCGAGCUGGGAUCCCUAAAUACGGGAUCGAAAAAGAAGUCCGAGUUUGCGACAGCUGCCUCCACGACCUUACAAGAUUAGCGGCUAGUGGAGGCAGCAGUGCUGCUCGCAAAAAGGAAAACAAGCAUGGGACCCUGCGCGAAUUUUUAAGUGAGAUGCACCAACAAGAACAGGAACAUCAACAUCAGCAAAGGCUUCAAAAGCAAAAGGAGCAAGCGGCGAAGGAGGCAAAGGAGAAGCAGCUGCGCUUGCAAGAGGAGGAGGAGCUUCAACUGGCUCUCGCCCUUAGUGCCAGUGAGGCGGAAUCCAAGAAAAUGCAGCCGCUGCAGCAACAACAUCAGACACCAUCAGCUUCGCAACAGCAAACGAAAUUGCCGACGUCAUCGUCCGCCACUGUGCCCCCAGCGGCUUCAAUACCACCACCAUCGGAUGCAGCUAGUGAUUUAGCUACUGAGGUGGACCCCGAGUUGGCCCGCUACUUGAAUCGCAACUACUGGAGUGGUCGCGCUGCUGCUACAGAUAGCGACUCCUUUGCCGGCAAUUUUAUCCCCUCGGCGCCCGUCUUGCCGCCUCCUCUCAAUCCGGAAUAUGUUCCCAGUGUGACUGAUCCCUCGAAUGAGAGGCUACAGGAGCUAGAGAGGGCUCUCGUCUCUGUUGAGAUACCACCAGAAGGCAGCGCACUGCCCGAUGUGCCUCCGCUUACCACGGCCAAACAGGAGGAAUUCCUUACUGCUCUUCGCAAGAGUCUAGACGUCUUUAGCAACCGUAUGCGAGUCUGCAGCCAACGCGGCCGACAGGUGGCCACUGAUUCCACUCUUCAGACGCUCUUCAAGACUCUGCAUCAAAUGAAUUUGCAGUUGAUGCAGUACUCCAAUGACUUGGAAGUGAGACGCACCUCUCUGGAGAAACUCCAGGAUCAAACAGCACAGAUACGCGAGGCACGCGAGGCCUUGGACGAUCUUCGUAGGGACUACGCGGAACAGAGGCGACGUGAGGAGGAGGAGGCCCAUCGUCAGCGUCAAAUUCUGAUGAUGCAGAAGGUGGAGGUUUUGCGGCAACAGAAAAGGGAUGCCAUGGAGGCCCAAAGCCGACAGUUAAUGGAACAGUCAAUGGCCUUCCAGCAGCAAUACGGUCAGUAUGGGUAUGCACAACCCACAGUGUAUAACACAAUACCUUCCAUGCCCCCUAUGAUGGCAUACGGUGCUUCUGCCAUGGGGUAUCCUCAAGGCACCGAGUAUUACGCCCAACCACAACAACCUCAGGCACCCUACGAUCCAUCGCUUCAACAACAGCCGCAGCCUUCGGUAGAAAUUGAAAAUCCAACCCCCAAUGUUGCUGCCGCUGUUGUGGCCACCAACGGAAGGGAUGACCAGCCGCCUCGGAUUGAACAGAAACCAGGUGGCACCUUUGACGUGCAAAACAUGAUCCAGUCGCUGCCUGCGCCACUACAACCUCCGGUCGAGUACGUUCAACCUGGCGGUCCUCCGGUGCCCUCCACUCUGAUUGAUCAGAUGCCCGCUCCGCCUUCCGAUGAGUUGGGCUCCUCUUCGCGCGCGGCGGAGGGAGAAAACACCCGGUUAAAACCGCCUACACCGCAACUCAUCUGUCUUGAGUGA